CCUUAAUCGUAUCUCGCCGACACCACCUAAUCGCACCUACAGCCAUGUUUGGAAGAGUGGGAUGCGGCAUGAUGAGCGCCGCUGUGACCCGAGCUUCGAGGGCAGCCGCCGCCUCACCAAAGGUCAGCGGCUGCCUCUUGUCCGCACCGGCCUCCAAAGCUUCGUUUGCAACUGCCCCAGCGCCCAGUUGGCAGCUCAACGUCACCGAGAAGGCUGCUUCGCAAAUCAACGCCAUCAACCAGAAGGAGGCUAAGAGUCUGGCGCUCCGGGUCGCCGUCGACCCCGGCGGCUGUCACGGCUACCAGUACAAGAUGGAGCUGACGGACCAGUUCGAGGAGAGCGAUCGUUUCUUCGAGAAAAUCGGAGCCAAGGUCGUCGUUGAUCCGGUCUCGCUCGAGCUGAUCGAUGGCUCUACUCUAGACUAUGUCGAGGAGCUGAUCGGAUCGAGCUUCCAGCUUGUCGACAAUCCCAAGGCCGAGACGGCCUGUGGAUGCAAGACCUCGUUCAGCAUCAAAAUCUAGCCACGCAACCGACAUCCAAUUUUUCGCUGGCGCACCCUUCCGCAAUGUUCAUGCCACACUCGCCGUCCCUUGUCCAUAGCACCACUCAAUACAUGGCCACCCUUGCAGCUACGACC